AUCAUUUCUACUCUCGCAAAUUCUCUUCUCUUUUCCCGAUAAAUUAAAAGAAUCCAAGGAAGGAAAGUUGAAAGGUAAUAAUGCCGGGUUUUGGUGGUCUGGAAGCUCCCAAUUGGGAUGGUUCUCGAGAUUCACGUGAUCACCUCCCUUCAUUAAUGACUUCAUGUUAUCCUAUCACUCUCAAGUUCAUGGACGUGUGUUACAAGGUGAAGGUACAAGGGUCCGAUCAAGAGAAAACGAUAUUGAAUAACAUAACGGGCAUGGUUUCACCGGGAGAAAUGUUGGCUAUCCUUGGUCCUUCAGGCAGCGGCAAAUCUACUCUCCUCAAUGCCUUAGCCGGGAGGCUCCAGCACGGCUAUGGCAGUUUCUCCGGGACCAUGCUUGCCAACAACAGAAAACUCAGUAAACAAAUAGCCAAACGCACGGGAUUUGUUACCCAAGACGAUGUCCUGUACCCUCACUUGACAGUUCGCGAAACGUUGGUGUUUUGCUCCCUUUUAAGGUUACCCAAAACGUUGUCCGCCAAGGACAAGAUUUCGGUGGCCGAAACGGUUUUGUUGGAGUUGGGGUUAUCGAAAUGUGAAAAUACAAUCAUUGGCAACAGUUUUAUUCGUGGGAUUUCGGGUGGAGAACGGAAAAGAGUGAGCAUAGCUCAUGAAAUGCUUAUAAACCCUAGUCUGCUUAUUCUCGAUGAACCCACGUCGGGUUUGGACUCGACGGCAGCGCACCGAUUGGUUUCAAUUUUGGGUUCGUUGACUCAGAAAGGGAAGACCAUAGUCACAUCCAUGCACCAACCCUCUAGCCGAGUUUAUCAGUUGUUCGACUCAGUGUUGUUGUUGAGUGAAGGAAGAAGCUUGUAUUUCGGCAAGGGAAGUGAAGCUAUGGGUUAUUUUGAGUCGAUUGGAUUCUCACCGUCUUUUCCUAUGAAUCCUGCGGAUUUCCUCCUUGAUCUCGCUAACGGUGUGUGUAAACUUGAUGGUGUGAGCGAAAGUGAGAGGCCAAACGUGAAGCAAACCCUCGUUGCUUCUUAUAACACUCUGCUGGCCCCAAAAGUUAAAGCCGCAUGCAUGGAGACCACCCCUAUUCCGGCGAAAGGCUCACAUUUCGUCGGCAGCCAUUGUUCCGAAGAAGGCCGGAGUAGCAACAGAUUUGAUCUAUCCACUUGGUUCUAUCAGUUUACCAUUCUGCUUCAAAGAAGCCUUAAAGAGAGAAAGCAAGAAUCUUUCAACACCCUCAGAGUGUUCCAAGUAAUGACCGCCGCCAUGCUGGCCGGUUUAAUGUGGUGGCAUUCGGAUUAUCAAGAUAUCCAAGACCGCCUCGGUCUCCUCUUCUUCAUUUCCAUCUUUUGGGGUGUCUUACCAUCGUUCAACGCAGUAUUUGCGUUUCCUCAAGAACGUGCCAUCUUCAUGAAGGAGCGUGCUUCGGGUAUGUACACACUAUCUUCGUAUUACAUGGCACGGAUAACCGGAGACCUCCCGAUGGAGCUCAUUCUCCCCACGGUUUUCCUUCUCGUAACAUAUUGGAUGACCGGAUUGAAACCCGAUUUGGUCUCAUUUCUACUGACAUUGCUGGUUCUUCUCGGCUACGUGCUCGUGUCUCAAGGGCUUGGCCUCGCAUUAGGGGCAUUGAUCAUGGAUUCCAAACAGGCUUCGACCAUAGUUACGGUCACAAUGCUAGCGUUUGUUCUAACAGGAGGAUACUACGUGCAUAAGAUGCCAUCAUGUGUGACAUGGAUCAAGUAUGCCUCUACUACAUAUUACAGCUUUAAGCUAUUUAUCAACGUCCAAUACGGCGACGGUGAGAAAGUAUCGUCUCUGUUGGGCUGCUCACACCACGGAAGUAAUACGGUUAGCUGCAAGUUGAUCGAUCAAGACAUCGCGGGGCAAACCCGGCCUGAACUAAGCGUCGGAAUCUUGAUUCUAAUGUUCGUAGGAUAUAGGCUGUUGGCUUACCUUGCAUUGAGGCGCAUCAAAGGCUGAGGGCCUUUGUAUUUGGUGACAGAUUCUUGUUAUUCGUACCAAGGCCUUUAAAUUGUAAAUUUUGUCAAGAUGGCCUGGAGAAAGAAAAGAUUUGUUCAGGUUGGUUUAAUUUAUGCUUAUUGCCAAUUUGGGUCACGCUAACCGUACCCGAGGAAUCGAAGAGUAAAGCUUUUCAAUUCAGUAAAUAGAAAGAAUAUGUUUGCA